AUGUCGCUCUCAUCAUUCAUUUCUGAUAUCUACAACUCUCUCAGUAUCUCUGAGGUCCACGCUGAAGCGCCACCAGCUGAGGAGAAGGAACCACAAACCCAGGAGCAGGAGGAGCCCAAGGAAGAGAAGGAAGAAACCGAGGAGGAGCCUGAGAAGGAAGAGGCGGAGGAGGAGGAGGAGGAGGAGGAACCCCAGGAUCCUGCUCCAGCGAUCACUGAAGAAUGCGCCAACUCCAAGGAAUGUAGACCAUACAAGCACCAUUACGAUGAAUGCGUUGAGCGCGUCACUGCCGCUGCCUCCGAAGAGAAUGCUACCGGCCCAAAGGAGGACUGCGUUGAAGAGUUCUUCCACGUCCUUCAUUGCGCCACCACAUGCGCCGCCCCCAAGAUCUUCGCAAAGCUGAAGUAA